AUGACUUCGCCUCUCAACCUCGACGAAGAGGUGCGCCUAUAUACAACAAAUGCAGAGCGCGAGAAGUAUGGCCUUCUGGCGACGCUCUUUGGCAUCAUCGUUGCUCUCGACUACCUCGAGAGAGCCUAUGUGCGCGACUCGGUGACUGCGGCGGAAGGUAUUCUCCGGCGGGAUGCAGUUCCGUCCAUUGAUGAGUUCAUGAGUCGAUACAGGAUGGACCACCCCGCUGCUUUGCAUAGAGUUAAGGUUGGCGUACCCGCGACAGUUGAGCACUCCAGUGAAGCAGGACCUGAGACCGGCAAAUGGGUGGCGGAGACGACACAAAGUUUUAUUACCUUCAUGGAUGCAUUAAAACUGCGAAUGCGCGCCAAGGAUCAGCUGCAUCCCAUUCUUCAGGAACUGGUCACUGGUUAUGCCAGAUUUAAGGGUAGCAAAGACUGGGAAGGGAGAAGUAAGAUGGUCAGCUGGUGGGUUGCUACUACCCCGCUUUAUCCAGUUCAUGUCACCGAACCAAUCUACACCAGGCUCAUCACACUAAACGGCAUGAAAGCGUCGGAGGAGAUUACGGAGGAGCAAUCGAGACAGUUGCUAUUUGACAUCGAGCAUGCUUACGCAGAGUUCUUCCGGAGUUUAAGUAGCAAAGAGAGUGGAUCAUGA